UUCUCUGGAAAAAGCCGAGAAUUGUGGGUUGUGGAAUUGCAAGCACACACACACCGCCGCACACUCGCACACUCGACAUAUUAAGGCACCUGUGCCAUAUGACAGAUGCCUUUGACUGCCUUGCGGGUGAGGCAUCUGCUGGAGACAAUUACGCGGGCGAAGGCGGAUUGAGGGGAGCCAAGUCGAUGGGAAAUGGUGCCAAAGGAAGUGGAUAAGCAGUUCUUGGAGCCGACAUGUUGACAACCGUGCCAGAGUGUCAGGGGGAAAGGAUACCAUGACAUUUCAAAGAAUUGCCAUCUCGAAGGAAUCCGGAAAAAAGGGAAAAACGAAUGAAGCGGAAACUGCGGCAUUAACAAAACGAAGUGGAUACCGAGAAGAGCUCAGUUCGUGAACAAUUUGCAUAAACCCAAACUCCAAAAUGGAUAAUUUCAACAAAAUAUUUAACAGUGAAAGUGAAAAUGGUUGAAAUAUCAAAGAAAAAAUAAAUUAAAGUACUCGUUAUCCCAAAGAAUGCAAUUUCUAGUGAUGCCUAAAGUUGAGCACCCAGCAGGCUGCUUUAACGAAAAGUGAAUAUAUUUUUGCAUUGAUGGACAUUCGAGCGUUAUCAAAUAAAAACACAAAGGAGCAAGGCUCUCACAGAAAAGUUCAUAAAGUGUUGUGUUCAAGUGAAAUUAAAUAUCUUUUAUGAUAAAAAAAAGGGAUUUCAGAGCACAUCGAUUAAGUGAAAAUCCAAAUAAAAUAUUCGAAAAGUGGUAUUAAAGUAAUAGUUGAAAAGAAAAACAGAAUUGAUAAAGUAAGAGCUAGGAGCUCACCAGUAGAAUUUAAUAUUUAGGGUUAAGCUAUGCCAAGUGGCCACUAGAGAAAUAUGGAUAAGCGGCUCAGCGACAGUCCCGGAGAUUGUCGCGUAACCAGAUCCAGCAUGACGCCCACCCUGCGCCUGGCUCAGAGUCCCAGGCAGGAGCCUCAUUCCGCACAGCCGGACACCAUCGGCCCAGCAACAACACCAGCAGCAGCAGCAGUAGCAGCCGCAACUGGCAAGUCCAAGUCCCCCACUCCGCUGCCCGGCAAAUCGCAGGCGGCACAGCAUCACCAGUUUCGGGCUCCGCAGCAACAGCAGGGCCCCAAGAACCGGAACAAGGCGUGGGGCAAGCGGCAGCACAAGGCCGGCGGGAAGCACAAUGCCAGCGCCUGCGUCGGUGCCAGUAGCGCCCAGACACAGUCCACCGGCUCCUCCGCCCCAGCCACGCCCCUGCUGCCCACGACAGCGGCGGCGGCAGCCCACAAGGCCGAUCUCGAGAAUAUCCAGAAUAUCCAGAACAAGAAUCAGAAUGCCGGCAGUGGCAACAACCAUCACGGGAGCACCGGAACCGCCCAUCACGGCGGCGGCGGCGGCGGCGGUGGAGCUCAUCAUGCCGGCGCGGGCGGAGGUGGACACCAUCACCAUCAUAACACGCGUCUGGCGCAGAACGCAGCCGCUGGUGGAGCUGGCGGAGGAAGCACGAUGCAGCUCUACAAGAAGAUGCUGCCACACAGGGGUCACCACCCCCACGUGUUGUGCGCCGGGAACAACGCGAACCACACGUGCUGCCUGGGCACCGGCUGCAACGGCGGCUCUUCCGGUGGAGCGGGCGUGGCGGGGGGCGCAGGCGGCGCGGCAGGAGGAGCAUCGUGCAAGGACGCGCAAAGCAACAAGGACACCAGUUCGCUGAGUGGCAACAGCAGCAUCGCGGGCAGCGUGGGAGCGAACAAUGCGGUGCACUAUUGCUGCGGUCGCUCAAAGUUUUUUCUAUCGGAGAAGCGGCUGCGCAAGGAGGUGAUUGUGCCACCCACAAAAUUUCUGCUGGGCGGCAACAUCUCCGAUCCGCUCAACCUCAAUUCGCUGCAGAACGAGAACACGUCAAAUGCCUCAUCCAGCAACAAUACGCCGGCUACCACGCCCCGUCAGUCGCCCAUCACGACACCGCCGAAGGUGGAGGUGAUCAUACCGCCCAACAUCCAUGAUCCGCUGCACCUGCUGGAUCCCGUUGAUUCGAUGGAGUACGAGAAGCAGCUGACAUCGCCGAUGAAACGGGGAGGGGGCGGCGGAGGCGGCGGCGGGGGAAUGCUGCACCACCGGCAGCACCAUCAUCGCACGCGAAAGAAUCGAAAGCGUCGGCGCUUCGAUUCCAACAACACUUCGCAUGCGGGCGAUGAAGCAGGGGGCGGCGGGGUUGGUGAACUUCCCGACGAACCGCCGCUGCCCACGGCCACCUCUUCGCUGGCGGCGUCACCGGUGGCCGCGCCGCCCGCCAACGUUGGCAGCGGCGGCGGCAGUUUGCUGCUGAGCGAAUCGGCUGCACCGGCCACGGGCGAAACGGCGGAAAUGGGCCACCACCAGCAGGCGCAUGUGCGCUCUCCGCAGUCGGCGGCGACGUCAAUGGCCACCGCAGAGAUGCCCACGCCGACGCCCACCGAGGCAGUGGCUGCGACGGCGGUCGAGGAGCAAGUGGAACAAGCAGCGUCGGCGCCGGCAGCGACGUCCUCACCGCAGCGGCAGCAACAUGUGGCCGCUGCCGCCGUGGACGAAGCUAUUCCAACUCCUGCCGCUUCUGCUGCUGAGCCACCGGCUGAUGAGAUGCUGCUCAGUUGCUCGGCCACGUCGUCGGCCACACAGGCGGUGGCGUCGACGCUGGCAGAGCGGCGGGCGCAGGCCAGCCGGGAUUUGCGACUGGAUUUGUCGAGCACGUGCUACGGCGUCGGCGGCACGGGUCUGAGCUUCGGCGGCAGCAGCGCAGCCAGCGUGGCCAGCGGCGUCGGGGGAGGAGGCGGCGGAGGCGGUGGCAGGAAGAGAAAAAUUAGCGAGAGUAACAAUUCGCAAAAGAGCAAGAAAUUCCAUCGACACGAUACCAUGGACAAAAUCGUCAGUCCGGUGGUUCCGCAACCAGGCGCCUGGAAACGACCACCGCGCAUCCUGCAGCCCAGCGGAGCCAGGAAGCCCAACUCACGCCGUUCGACGUCCUUCAGCGAAUCGGAGUUGCUAAGUCCCGUCGAGGAGCUACCGCCCAAGCAGCUGCCCCUCAUCGAAGUGGAAAUACCUCGUGAUGACACGCCCGAUUUGCCGGAACACGGACUGGGCAGUCCGCUGAGCACCACUUCGGCGGCCACCUCGCACACGGCUGGCGAGCAGGAUUCCCUGGUCGGGGUGGACACCAGCAUGACGGAUGCCAGCAUGGCGUCCGCCGGCACGACCUUGGCACCAGUGAGCAGCAGUCUAAUGCUAGAGCCAGCGCUGAUUCCGCCACUCAAAGUGAUGCCCAAGUUCCGGGCCGAUGGGCUGAAAUACCGGUACGGAAACUUCGAUCGAUACGUCGACUUUCGGCAAUUGAACGAGUUUCGGGAUGUGCGGCUGCAGGUCUUCCAGCGCCAUGUGGAACUGUUCCAGAACAAGGACAUCCUGGACAUUGGCUGCAAUGUUGGCCACAUGACCAUUACCGUGGGCCGACAUUUGGCGCCGAAGACCAUUGUCGGCAUUGACAUCGAUCGCGAGCUGGUUGCCCGGGCGCGGCGAAAUCUAUCGAUCUUUGUGCGCAUACCCAAGGAGGAGAAGCUGCCGGAGAUCAAGGUGGAAGCAACGUUGGAGGUGAAGUCGGAGUCAACGCCUCUGGAGAAGACGGAACCAGUGGACGAAGAAGAGGCUUCUGGAUCGACUCAUAAGAAAACGAGACGCGGAAAGAAGCGACGAAAGAUGCAACAAGCUCUCCACCACAAUCAUCAGCACCAUCACCACCACCACCAUCAUCAUCAUCAUCAUCAUCAUCAUGAUGUGGAGCAGCUGCAGCAACAGCAGAAGCUGGACGCCCUGCUUGUCAAGCCGCACGAAUUCUUUCCCAUCUCGUUUCCGCUUACCUACGGCGGAAUUCCCCAUUUGCCAGCAUCGAACAAAUCACCCAACAUGUUCGGCAACAAGAAUCAGUUCCCGGCGAACGUCUUCUUCCGACACACCAACUAUGUGCUCAAGGAUGAGUCGUUAAUGGCCAACGAUUCGCAGCAAUACGAUCUCAUACUGUGUCUCUCGGUCACCAAGUGGAUCCAUCUCAACUUUGGCGAUAAUGGCUUGAAGAUGGCCUUCAAGCGGAUGUUCAACCAGCUGCGUCCAGGUGGGAAGCUAAUACUCGAAGCCCAAAACUGGGCCAGCUAUAAGAAAAAGAAGAAUCUGACGCCGGAGAUCUACAACAACUACAAGCAGAUCGAAUUCUUUCCCAACAAGUUUCAUGAGUAUUUGCUCAGCUCGGAGGUGGGAUUCAGCCACAGCUAUACUCUCGGUGUGCCCCGCCACAUGAACAAGGGCUUCUGCCGACCCAUUCAGCUGUAUGCGAAGGGAGAUUAUACACCGAAUCAUGUACGUUGGAGCGAUGCGUAUUAUCCGCAGACACCGUACGAGGCAUAUCGCGGCAUCUAUGCCACCCUUCCCGCCCAUCGGAUGGGCGGUGGUGGGAGCAGCGCCGGCGGUAGCCACAGUGGGCAUGCUCACAUGCUGCAUCUGAGCAGCUCCAGUCGGUCGCAGAACUACGAUACGCCGCACUAUGCGGGCAGCGCCUCGGGGUCGGCCAGUUGCCGGCAGACGCCGAUGUACCAGCCCACAUACAAUCCCUUGGAGACGGACUCGUACCAGCCCAGCUACGACAUGGAGUAUCUCAACCACAUGUAUGUGUUCGCCUCGCCGCUCUACCAGACCGUCUGGUCGCCGCCGGCUUCGCAUCGCAAGAGCAGCUCGCAUACGCCGGUAUUCGGUAGCGUACGCGAAGCGGAAUUGGACGGCGAUGGCAGCGGUGGCGGGGGCAGUGGCGGCGGCAGCUACCAUCGGCAUGUCUAUCCGCCCAAUGACGACACCUGUUCGCCCAAUGCCAAUGCCUGCAAUGCGUUCAACUCGAUUCGUGACGCGGACGCGGAUGACUCCAACCAGCCGCCCAGUGGAAGUCGACGGCAUGUGUAUGCCACCAAUUGCGGGGAGAGUUCGUCGUCGCCGCAGGUUAAUCAUCACGAGGCAGCCGGCGAGUUUGUGGACGCCCUGAUGGACGAUGAGCAGAAGGCGCCAUCAAGUGGUGGAGGAGGGACUGGUGGCGGCGCAGCUUAUUGUGAUCUGUCGGAUGCCUAGAAUAGGGAUGGUGGAUUGGAUGGAAAAAAUGUGUCAAAAAGAAAAAAAACUAAAAAAUCGAAAAAAUCGAAAAAGCUUAAGAAGACCGCAAAGGGUUUUCGAAAAGAAAAAAAUUCAAUGUAACCGUAAACGAGACGCUUAUGAUUUUCUAUGGUAUAAUGUGCGUAUAUAUUUUUAUAUAUUGUAAUUUAAUGGAAUGAAUAUAUAUACAAAUAUAUACAGAUUUAUAUAUACAAUUUGAACAGAGAUGCAUGUGUUUAGGUAUAUUGUAAUCUUAAUAGUUAAGGCUAAUCAUUUUUGCUAAAAAUGCUUUAUAGUGAACACUUGAUUUGAUCCUGUUGGCAGUUCAAUUGUAAUCCUAGUUUUAAAUCCACCAUAAGCAAUACAAACACAAACACUCUCACACGUAUAUGCAUACAUGCAUAUACAGGCACACCACACCCACCACGCCCACCAACACACACACACACACAUACAACAAGCUGUAGCUUUAAAUGAUAUACUUAAAUUGUGCUAUAAAAAUGUUUAGGAAACGUGAAAAAAAUCCCAUGAAAUUUAACUAUUUUUGAUUAACAUUUUGGCAAAGCAAAAAAUAUUUAAAUGCUGCAAGGGAAUGUGAAAACAAAAAUGAAAUAAAGUAAACACAAUGGCAAAGCAAAGAAAAUACAAUACAUUAUUAUGAUAAGCCGUUAGCAAAGGAGAGAGUAUGCUUAACAUUAUUUACAUUAGGUUCAAGCCAAGCCUAUGGUUAUAGCUAAGCAAGUGUAGCACUAUAUUUCAACUUUGAUCAACAGCAAGAACCGAUCUUAAAUCUUUUCCACAUUCUAUGGAGAAGCGAAACCCAUGAGUUAUAUCUUUGCUAUGUUUUUGAAACAUUUUAAUGGAAUAUUUUACUUUUUUCUGAGAAAAUGAAAAUUAAUGUAGUCGAAAGAAUUAAAAAGAUAACUAUAUAUAGA